AUGUUACGUGUAUUUAAAUUGGCUAAAUCUUGGCAAACAUUAAAUCGUCUUAUGUCAAUUAUUGGUAAAUCAAUUGGAGCUUUAGGAAAUUUAACAUUGAUUCUUGGAAUUAUAAUAUUUAUUUUUGCUGUUAUGGGAAUGCAGUUAUUCGGUCAAAAAUAUUAUGAUAAAUUUGGUAAAGAUAUACCAAGAUGGAAUUUUUUUGAUUUUUUUCAUGCAUUUAUGAUUGUUUUUCGUGUCUUAUGUGGUGAAUGGAUUGAAUCAAUGUGGGUAUGUCUUGAAUGUGCUGGAUGGCCUUGUAUUCCAUUUUUUCUACUUACGUUUGUUAUUGGUAAUCUUGUGGUAUGUAUUUAUGUAGUUAGGAAAAAUAUCUUUUCAACGAUAAGAAAAAUAAUUUUACGAGCGAAAUUCGUCAAUAUAAGAAGAAUUUUUUAGUUUAUUUUUUAACCAGAAGUCGAUCUCGAAUACAUUUAGAAAAAAAAAAAACUACAGAUUUUCUCGUGCACAUCAUUUUUUAUUCAUUAGAUAUUUUGAUUUUUAAUCUGGAAGAAUAGUAUUUUUGAUGUGCCUUUUAGAUUCUCCUGUUUUUGUCUUUUCAUUGGCUCAAUAAACCUUAAUGGACUCGCCCGCCCUCCCCCUUUUCCGGCACGUCAUAGACUCAAAAUUCUCCGGCGAUUACUUCAGGGUGAUAUAGAGGCACCAAGGACUCCAUAAUCGCCUUCGUUUAUCUGAGAAGGGUGUGGGUGUGCGAAAAGAAGGCUAACAUCCACACCUUCAUUGAAUAAAGCCCUCCGAUGACUGAGCAAAACAAAAAAAAAAAACAAAGUGUCAAGGUAUAUCAAAAUUACUAUUUUUCGGUGAUUGAAGAUUUAAUAAUUUAUGAAUAAAGGCAGGUGAGCAUAAGAUUUUUUAUAGACUAGUCAAGAUCUAUUUCUGACCAAAAUAUUAUCUAAUAAAUUCUCGUUAACUUGAAAACUUUCCUUGUCAGUCUUUUUGUUCUUUAUUAAAUAGAGUUAUCAUAACUGAAAAGUUACUUUAAAAAUACCUCUAUUCAAAUUUCAGUGUCAUAUCUUGGUUGGUACUCAUGAUAAGAAUGUAGAUAAAACGAUGAAGUAGAUGCAUUCUGUUAUAUUUUCUAUAAAUUAUUUAUGAGUUUAAUUUACAACGAAACAGAACUUCUAGAGGGUGCGAAUGUGAGUAUAUCUGUUUCAUUUGAAUCUUCAUUAGAGCCCGUCGCAUCUGUCUCUAAAAAAUUUAAUUAGUCGAGUUCGGGUUCAAAAAUCCUUAAGCUCGACGAUCUCUAAUUCCUAUCGACUACUCAUACCCGUUAUAAGAUUCUGUAGCGUCUAUCAGAAGGUAAAAUUUAGAAUGACAUAUAUGCGUAUGGGUGUAGGCAUUCUAUUCUUGGACUUCUACAUCAACAUCUUCAUCUAUGAACGAUAGAAGUUCAAUGAAAAUUGAAUAGUUUUUAAGAAGCCCAAAACUUCUGUACCACUAUCUAACCCUAUGAUGCGACUAAAAUUUUUCACGGAACUUACCAGGAAACUUUCCUAAAAAAUCGUGACCUUGAAAGUUUUGUGACACAAAAAGUUUUUUCGUUGAAAUUAGUUCUUUGAAGAUAAAAUAUGUAGUUAAUAGAUAUGUGCAAGAUCAAGAACCAAAAAUUAUCAGAACCGAAAAUAAAAUUUUAUCGAGAUCAGAAGUAGAAUCUGUGACCAUAUGAUGCUCUUUAUUUCGACAUUUUACAUGUAAAAUGUUUCAUGCAUCAUAAAUCAUCUCAUACUGUCAUAUUAAUAUCUUGCACUAGAAAUAGAAAGACGUCAUGGUUGGAGAUGUACAAGAUCAUUCUUCUCCUGUUCUCAGUAAUAGCUACUGAGAUGAGUAUUAGUGCGAAGAUCAUGUGAAAAAAAAGUUGCCAGAGCUAGAACUAAGGUUUAUAAAAAACAUAUUCAAUGGUUUUAAGCAAAUUAUGUUACAAAUCUUACGAAUUAAAUCAAAAAAUUUGUCAGUGCGGCCUCUAGACGAUUAGAUGCUUUAUUUGAAUUUCUGGACACCUCUUCUGUUUCCUGUUUAUCAAGAUACAGGAGGUAUAGAAGGUAUGAGGAGGUAUAGGAGACAUAGGAGGUGUAGGAAUUCAUUUUUCGAGCAAGGUUUGGCAAGUGGCAGCAAUAUACAGAGUAUUUUAUGAAUAGAUGUUUAAAUUCAAACACUAUUGAAUGAUCAGCUAUACCAAUUAAUUAAUAUCUCCAAUAUCUUCUAUACCUCCUAUACUUCCUUAUACCGCCUGUAUCUUGAUAAACAGGAAAUAAAAGGAUUGUCCGGAAAUUCAAAUAAAGCAUCAUACGCUCUAGACAGGCCAAAAUAUGGAACUCACAAAUACUACUUGUUAUAAAUUUACAAUAUAUUGUCAGAUGUUUGAAAACAAUUCAUUUAAAAAAAUAUCAAACAACUCAAUAAAGUAAAAUUAUAACAAUUAUUGUACUUGAUACGCGCGCUCUGAAAGGAGGGGGGACGGUUUGUACGUAAAACGGCCCUAAAUAAAAAUCAUCUCAGAGCACUUUAUAAAAUUCAAUUUCAUCUUCCUCUAAGUAAGAAUAAAGCAUCUGGACCUCUUUCAGGCCAUGUUUCAAGACCUCUUCUCGACAUUUCUACCUAGGACAGAAGCUUUAUCAAUAUCGGAAUCCGCUCACAGGUUAACAGCGUUCAUUUACCAAAAGAGUCUCAUAUUUUCAGGAGAGAUAGGGCUUUCAAGAGCUACAAAAUGAUUACCAAAUGUUAAGGAAAAUA